AAAACAGACACAGACCAACGACUGUCUCCGUGCGCGGGUUCCGGCGCACAGCUCAUUUUCCCAUGGCCAUGACGGCGAUGAUACCGCCCAAUGUGAUGCCGCCGAACGACCUGUCCUCCUUGCUACAGCCCUGGGCCGUUCAAGUUCUGAAGCUCUGCUUGAAGAAUGAUUCGGAGGAGUCUGCCCGAGGCUUCUUGCACUUCUUGGUGAACUACAAGUUACCGGAUGGGCAUCACAUCCAGCAGUUCAUCAAUCAUCCGCACCAUGGGAUGCUGGACAUUUUCUUACGAGAGAUGCUCUUGGGUCUCGCUCAUUGGAUCAGUGCUGCCAUACAGCAGUUGGACAUGCAUGUGCCGUUGCAAUCGUCUGUGCAGCAAACUUCCAAGCUGGAGAUGUAUCUCAGAGAGGUUGAGGAGAAGUCCUUUGAACAUGCGUGCAAAGAGUUCAGUGAUUUCCUCUACCACGUAAUUUUGCAGCUCUUAGGGCCUGAGCUCACCUGCGUGGCCAGUAGUUUAUCAGGCACGCUGGCCGAUGGCUUCACCAGCGACCGUAGUGUGGCAGCCUUAGCAGCUUGGCCGAGCUUGCUUUUGGCGCAGCUCGUGAACCUCUUAGAAGACAUGCGGGCAAAAGUUUUACGCAUUGCAUUGGAACUGGCUCCCUAUGAACGCUACGAGCCGCAGAAUGCCGUUUCCAUGAAGAGCAGCCUCGUGGUGCAGUUCUGUAGAUACUUCACUCUGCAGCAUUCGCGCGAGGAGUAUCGUCUCAAAGAGCAUGAGAUCAUGGACGACGACUUUCACGAGUCCAACUUCGGCAUUGUCUUAAUUGAUACCUAUGGAAGCUUGUUGAAGAUGCUUCAGCACGUGGAGCACUUGUACUUCAGCAGCGAGCAGCUCAUCGUGGCCGUGGACUUCGAAGGUGUCGAGCUGAAUCGGAAUGGCGCUUUGUGCCUGGUACAGAUGACUUGCCACGACAACCCCUCCUUGGUCUAUGUCUUGGACAUCCACGUUUUGAAGUGUUCGUUCAAUCCCUUCAAGUUGUCAACGCUCAAUGGCAUCUCGAUGCAAUUCAUCCUCGAAGAGUGUGACAAGAUCUUGAAACUUUGGUUCGACCCCAGAAAUGAUGUGGACGCCUUGUUUCACCAGUUUGGCGUCCAGUCCAACAACAUCUACGACUUGCAACUGGCCGACGUGGCGAUCCGGCGAUCCAUCAACGGAGAAGUGGCUGAGCGAGUCCUCAGUUUGCAAACCUGCUUGCUCAAGUGCGAAGGCCUAGACGAGACACAGAAGGGCUUUGCCGAGACCAUCAAGCAGUGGGGGAAGAGACUCUUCGAGCCGAAGGAAGGUGGAUCGUAUAAGGUCUUCCAAGAUCGCCCCUUGAGAGAUGAGAUUCUCAUCUACGCCGCACACGAUUCCAGGUACAUGCGGGUGCUCUAUGAGUGCUAUCGGGAGAAGCUGGCAUACCAGGAUCAAUGGAAGCGCUGGGUACAAUAUCACAGCCAUGAGCGGGGACUUUGGUACCGCCUCUCGCACGGAGUGGAGCCAACUUGACCGAUGAGUGGGGGCGGUGGAUGGUGGAUGGAGUCAAUGAACCAACACUGAUAUCGGGGUCGGGUGCCAAGCCCCAGGCCUCUCCAGCCC